AUGACAUCAACUACCGCUUAUCCCAAACUGAAGCUGAGCUAUUUUGGCAUCAAAGGCCGAGCAGAAGUGAUUCGUCUUACACUUCAUAUUGCUGGCAUUCCAUUCGAAGAUGCUCGUAUUAAUGGCGAAGCCUGGAAACAGCUAAAGCCUCAAACUCCAUUUGGCCAGAUGCCCACUCUCACUGUCAAUGAUACUACUAUCAUUUCCCAGUCCGCUGGUAUCUUACGAUAUGCUGGCACUCUUGCUGGCCUCUACCCUUCCACCGAUGCAUUGAAGGCCACUUUUGUUGACCAAAUCCUUUUCCACUUGGAAGACAUCAAUGUCGUUGUUGCCGCCACAUACAAGAAUGAGACGGAUGUCUGCAAAAAAAUUGCAGAGGAUAAGCUGCCAGCUAUGCUUGCUGAUCUGGAAAAGGUAGUGGAGGAACAUGGCAAAGGACCAUUUGCUGUUGGGGACCAUUUGACAGUAGCUGAUGUGAGUAUCUAUGAUGUGAUUGGAUUCCUUCAGUCAGGCGACCUCCGAGGAAUUCCUACUACUAUUGCAGAUGGAUAUGAAAGAAUCAGCCAAAUCUGUGCUCAUGUAGGCCAGAUCCCAAAAGUUGUCGAGUGGGAAGCUGCUCACUAAGGUCAUAUUCAUGUCAAAUGGAAGCGUGCCGAGUGCAUAAUAAACAGUCUCAUGCAAUGAUAA